AGUUUCAUCAAUGAUAGAAAGCACGAGAGGACAACAACUUCAGCUGCAUACAAGCACAUUUAGUAAUAGGAAGAGGAGCUGCACGAUCAAUUCAUAGCUAUGAGUGAAGACGCGUACCAAUAUAUAUUAGAGUUGGAACUGUUCAAGGUUCCAUCUGAGCCCUAUUCGCCUCUGAUACCGUAUGGAAUGCACGUCAAACGAGUCAAGGGCUCCGGACUUUUCGUUAUCGGCUUAAUUAAUGAUUCGUUAGCAGAGCGUGCAGGCUUGCGAUUCGGGGACGUCAUAAUGAAAAUUGAAGAUGCAGACACCAAGGUUGAGAACAUACCCACAGCUAAGGCCAUUACACUACUAAACGAGGGCGAUUCGAUUAACAUCACUGUUCGCAAGCAGCCCAGCUACUUGCUGCAGAGAUCAUCGCCUCACACCUACUGGGGAUUUUCUCAUAGUAAAAACAUCAUUAAAGCAGACAUGUUCACCAGAGGCUCUCCGGCAGAACUAGCUGGACUACCACGGAAUCAGGCAAUUAUAUCAAUCAAUGGCAUCUCAUCGAUUUGCUUAGAUCAUGCUCAGGUCCAUGAUACACUGAGAUCAUGCGACAACCAACUGGCAGUACGAGUCAUGGAUGCGUCACUGUACACCGAAUUUUUGAAAUGCAACGGCCUCACACAAGAAUCAUCCCAUGAGAGCUUUGCCAAGGUCUUUCAGCCAGAUUUGCUUGAUAAACAGGAAGAUGCGAAACUGCUCAGUGAUCCCGGAAAGCCUAUACAUGAUAUUGGGUUCAGCAUCUAUAACCAAGGUUUUGACGUCUGCCAUCGAGACUGUAUCACAGGCGAAAAAGGUGAUGGCGAGAAAGUAAAGGUCUGGAUAUCUAGGUACAAUGAAGAACAAUCGACAGGUUCGCUGCACAGCAAUUCGUUCCACCUUUCAUCGUUGUUUAAGAGGCGCAAAAAGAAGAAUGACAUAGAGGAGAAGAAAUCGAAAGGUGCGCGUGCAAGUGAACUGCUUGGCGCCCUUGGGCUGCGUCAUUCUCCGCCUUUGACAGACUCAGUGGUAGCAAGUGAUACUUCGGCUACUGACACAGAAUACAUCACCACAGAUACACCGAACAACCCAGAUGAUAAUGUUUUGAACCUACUGGGAGACAGCCAAAUCCUUUUGAAUGCAUUGCAAGCGUCAGAAAGCCCUGCAAGAUUGCGCAUGUCCAAUGACUUAUUCACAGACGAUGCUUUGGGCAAUCCUGGGCGCGAAAGGGGCAUGCGGCCCAAUCAACGAGACAAUAAAACAUCACCAAUUGACGAGGAGGGCAAUUGGCAAGCGCCUCACUAUACAUUGGUAUCAGAUAAUCCGAUGGAGUCUGCCGGCGCAUCAAUACACAACCUACAUCCAGCAUCGCAACCAGGCACGCGUAAGGUAAUGAAAAAGCGAGAACAUCGUGUGGAUGGUCAAGGGAUUUCCCCAUCUCACGUUAAGACCAGCAAGCGGACACAAGCAUACACUGCACGACGCCGGAUAUCAUCGCCCGCGCUCUUCCACGAACAGACCCGAAGGCACGAAUUGCACAAUAAUGGAGAUAAGAGCUCAAGUACGCUUGCCGCCCGAAAAUCACAGGGGGGUACGAGACAAUCUAGGCCAAAAUCAGCCUAUGUCGAUAGAAAUAUGCAGGAAUGGGCGGCCUUAGCUCCUAGAUCGAUUUCAACUGAAAGCCUGGUACUUAGUCCGACCGAGCCAGCAAAGUAUUAUCAUGUCAAACAUCGGGUCUCCAACGUAAGGCAGCGAAACUCACAAGAAGGUAACGGCCGACCCGAGCACAAGCUUACGCAUAGAUAUCCGAAUCAUCAAAACAGUGCACAUCUUGAAAACCGACGAGAAGAGUUGAACUCGGGAGCUAACAGAGACCCUCCAAGUUCACCAUGCUUUGCAAAAAGUGGUCUAAAUAGUGACAGAUCUUCACGUGCGAAACAACCUUCGACACCGCGGAGAAUAUAUAUCGCGCCGCCGCCGAGUGUGAAAUCAGGCGACGUUGCUAUGGUUCCUAAGAGCAGUCAAAACGGUUGUUCACCCCCAGUGCCCAUGCCAAGCGGCACGCCUAAACCCCGCGUCAGACAGACUGAGGAUAGAAGAUACGUAGCAAUGAGUACAAGACCGAGACCUCGGUCCUUCCAUAUACCCAACAACGUUGAGGCCGCGUACUUUGCAGUCGGUUUAGGACCACACGAUUCAAAACCCCCCAAUUCGAUAAGUGUCACUAGAUCCCCAGAUCAAAUAAUCGAGCAAAUGACAAAGAUGCGACAAGUUCCCCAAGAACCACCUACUACUUCUAUCAAACCACGUGCUCCAAGUGUCAUUAGAUCCCCAGAUCAAAUAAUCGAGCAAAUAACAAAGAUGCGACAGAUUCCUCAAGAAGCACCUACUACUUCUAUCAAAUCACGUACUCGUGCUAGCGCACAAUUGGUUGAACGACACACAUCGCCUAUGAAUUACGCUUCAGACUUGCACUCGGAUUCGUUUCAAAGCGCGCCUGUGGUAGUCCACCCACAUACCAGGCCUCGCAGUCUCAAGGUGAGUGUUUCGCAGGCUAACACUCCCAAAUCGUCCCCACGUGGCCCGCAAAGUGACAGUAUUGUAGCAAGCCCAAGACCUAUUUGCACGCUACCGACACAGCGCAACAGCUACACUUCUGGAGAAGCUUUACUGAGUGGAUAUCGGGCACAGAGUCCUUUGGAGAGAAGCAGGUCAAUCCCAGCAAGGCCAAGGCCUAACAAAACAAGCGCUCCCGAGCCGAAGUCUAAACGGGAGUUUUGUCUGGGCAACUCUAUUAAGAUCAACGACUCAAUUCUGCGACAGUGGAGCGCGGAGAGCACGUUAGGAAGUACUUUGACCCCCAAUCGAAACGCUAAAUGCGCGGACGUGAAAGCCCCGCCAGUUAUACAGAUUGUACCGAUACGGGCAAGAUCACCCCUGCCCUCUCGCAUUCGCCGUGCAAGCUACGUAUCAUAGCUUAUACGUUUAUGUUGGAACUAUGUACAAUACAUGUUUUGCUUCCGUAGUCUCAGUAGAGACACACGAAAGUAUUUAAAUAAAUACACUACUACUAGAGAGCAAGCUUUUUGAAAGAUCUACUAUAAAAUAUUUAGAAAUAAAGCAGAAACAAGAAC